AUGGCUGUGGGAUCCGCUUCGCUGCAGGGCCGCCUGGAGAGGUGGGCACAGCGCCUUAACAACCUUACCGUUUCGCCAUUGACCCGAGACUACCCCGACACACAAAAGCACGAAGGCAAGCGGGCCAUUGAGGCCUUUGAGACUCUGAACCUCCCCAAUGAGAUCCAGGUGGCCCUGAAGAAGCUUUCUGGAUCUUCAUCCUCCGAUUUCACAGUCUUUCUGACUGCGUUCGUGGUUUUGGUUGCUCGUUUGACUGGCGACGAAGACAUUUCGGUUGCGACAAACUUGGCCGAGGACUCUCGCCCAUUCGUGCUUCGAAUUUCUUACGAUGCCUCUGAAACCUUCUCUCAGCUCUAUGCUAAGGUUAACAAGACGUUCAAUGAGGGUGCCUCUGAUAUUGUGCCCUUGGGCAGCCUCCGCUCGUAUAUCCAAGACAAAUCCAAGUCUGAACGUACCCCUAUCCUCUUCCGAUUCGCUGCCUACGAUGCCCCUGCCGCCUCACAAGAAUACCCCGCGAACACUUUUGACAGCACCGAUCUAGUGAUCAAUGUGUCAUCUGAGCUGGGCGCAUACUACAACCAACGUCUGUUCUCGAGCGCACGAAUUGCUACGAUUCUUAAUCAACUGGUUCAAAUUGUUAGCAAUGCUGCCGCCAAUCCAGAGGAAGCUGUGGGCCGGAUCGAUAUGAUGACCCCGGACCAGGUCGCACUUUUACCCGACCCCACGGCUGACUUGAACUGGUCCAAGUUCCGUGGUCCUAUUCAUGAAAUCUUCGCUGAAAAUGCGCAGAAGCACCCUGAGAAGCUUUGUGUCGUGGAGACCAAGUCGAGUAACUCCCCCCACCGGGAGUUCACCUAUAAACAGAUCAACGAGGCUUCCAACAUUCUCGGACACCACUUGGUGCAGUCCGGCAUCCAAAGAGGGGAUGUUGUUAUGGUUUAUGCCUACCGGGGCGUGGAUCUUGUCGUUGCAGUGAUGGGUAUUUUGAAGGCCGGUGCUACGUUCUCCGUUAUCGACCCUGCCUACCCACCCGAGCGCCAAAAUAUUUAUCUCGAUGUUGCCCGCCCGCGUGCUUUGAUCAAGAUUGCCAAAGCCACCAGAGAUGCUGGCGAAGUCUCGGACAUUGUCCGGUCAUUCAUCAGUGAUAACCUGGAGCUCCACACCGAGAUUCCGGCUCUCGCCCUCCAUGACGAUGGAACUCUUACUGGUGGUUCUGUCGCAAGCAAUGGCCAGGACGUGUUUGCUGAGCAGGUUGCACUGAAGUCGCAGCCUGUUGGUGUGGUUGUGGGCCCCGAUUCCACCCCGACCCUGUCUUUCACAUCUGGUUCGGAGGGCCGACCUAAAGGCGUCCGUGGCCGUCACUUCUCCCUGGCCUAUUAUUUCCCGUGGAUGUCUGAAACAUUUAAGCUCACUCCUGAUGAGAAGUUUACUAUGCUGAGUGGUAUUGCUCACGACCCUAUCCAAAGAGAUAUCUUUACCCCGCUGUUUUUGGGUGCUCAGCUUUUGGUGCCGGCCAAGGAGGAUAUCCAGAAUGAGAAGUUGGCUGAGUGGAUGCAGAAUUAUGGUGCUACUGUCACCCAUCUCACCCCCGCCAUGGGUCAGAUUCUAGUCGGCGGCGCCUCUGCGCAGUUCCCUGCUCUCCACCACGCUUUCUUCGUGGGCGACGUUUUAAUCAAGCGUGACUGCCGGUCUCUACAGCAACUGGCGAGAAAUUGCUAUAUUACGAAUAUGUACGGCACAACAGAGACUCAACGUGCUGUCAGUUAUUACGAGAUUCCUAGCUACUCGAGCCAGGAAGGCUUCUUGGACACCAUGAAGGACGUUAUUCCUGCUGGUCGUGGUAUGCUGGAUGUGCAGAUGCUGGUUGUCAACCGCUUCGAUCCUUCCCGUAUCUGCGCUAUUGGCGAGGUUGGCGAAAUCUACGUCCGCGCUGCCGGCUUAGCCGAGGGGUACCUUGGAUCCCCUGAGCUGAAUGCCCAGAAGUUCCUGACCAACUGGUUCGUGAAGCCUGAGGUUUGGACUGAAAAGGAGAGGGGCGGCAAUGAACCUUGGCGGGAGUUCUACGUUGGCCCUAGAGACCGCCUAUACCGCAGUGGCGACCUUGGUCGCUAUACUCCCUCUGGAGACGUGGAGUGCUCCGGGCGCGCAGAUUCUCAGGUCAAGAUCCGUGGAUUCAGAAUUGAACUUGGCGAAAUCGAUACUCACCUGUCUCGCCAUCCUCUGGUUCGUGAGAAUGUGACUCUCGUUCGGCGUGACAAGUUUGAGGAGCCUACUCUUGUCAGCUACUUCGUGCCUGAUAUGAGUAAGUGGUCCGAAUGGCUUGAGAGUAAGGGCCUUAAGGAUGAUGAUUCGGGUGAGGGUAUGGUCGGGAUGCUGCGUCGCUUCCUUCCUCUGCGUAAUGACGCUCGUGAGCACCUGCGCAGCAAGCUCCCUGCUUACGCUGUGCCGACGGUGAUCAUUCCGCUGAAGCGCAUGCCUCUCAAUCCCAACGGCAAGAUUGAUAAGCCUGCCUUGCCCUUCCCUGACACUGCGGAACUCAGUGCAGCUGCUCCUCGUCGCCGAUCUUCGGCGAUCCAGGCGCUCUCUGAGACCGAGCAAGCUCUCUGCCAAAUUUGGGCCAAGCUUAUUCCCAACGUGACCGCCCGCAUGAUUGGACCUGAAGACUCCUUCUUCGACCUCGGUGGGCACAGUAUCCUAGCCCAGCAGAUGUUCUUCGAGUUGCGCCGCAAGUGGCGCACUGUUGACAUUAGCAUGAGUGCCAUCUUCCGCAGCCCAACUCUCAAGGGCUUCGCAGGCGAGAUUGACCGUCUGCUUGAUGUGGAGGCGUUUGCGACUAGCGACAAGGCCGCCACACAGGGCGCUACUGAGCCAGACGAUGGCUACUCGAAGGACGCUCGCCAGUUGGUCAAUGAGCUGCCCGAGACCUUCCCUACCAGGACAGAGGAUCUGCUUACUCAACCGACUGUCUUCCUUACCGGCGCUACUGGCUUCCUGGGUGCCCACAUUCUUCGCGACCUUCUCACUCGCAAGUCCCCUUCCACCAAGGUCGUUGCUCUAAUUCGGGCCAAGAGCGACGAACAGGCUCUUGAGCGUCUUCGCUCUACUUGCCGCGCCUAUGGCUUCUGGGACGACGAGUGGGUCAACAGGCUGGAAACCCGAAGUGGUGACCUUGGCAAGCCUCUGUUCGGCCUGUCCCAGUCCGCCUGGGACGACCUUAGCAAGCGUGUUGAUGUAGUCAUCCAUAACGGUGCCCUUGUUCACUGGGUCUACCCCUACUCUACUCUCAGGGGUCCUAACGUCUUGGGCACCAUCGAUGCCUUGAAGUUGUGCGCUACCGGCAAGGCUAAACAGUUUGCCUUCGUCAGCUCUACUAGUGCACUGGAUAACGACCACUACGUGCAAGAGUCUGAGCGUAGCCUUGCCGCUGGUGGUAAUGGCGUAAGCGAAGAGGACGACAUGGAGGGCAGUGCCGUUGGCCUUGGUACUGGUUAUGGCCAGAGUAAGUGGGCUAGUGAACAUUUGGUACGUGCUGCACGGGCACGCGGCCUAAAGGCCGGUAUCAUCCGAUCUGGAUACAUCUUGGGUGAUUCGACAUCUGGUGUCUGCGUGACGGAUGACUUCCUGACACGGUUCUGGAAGGGUUGUGUCCAGUUGGGCAGUCGCCCUCAAAUUAACAACACGAUCAACGCCGUGCCAUCUGACUACGUCGUGAGGGUUGUCAUUGCGACUGCUUUCCAUCCCCCUAGCAAUUCUACUGGCGUUGUCCAUGUCACCGGACAGCCGCGCCUACGCUUCAAUGAGUUCCUUGGAGCCCUAGAGAGCUACGGUUACCCUGUCAAGCAGAUUGAUUACAUCCCAUGGGCGGCGUCUCUUGAGCAUUAUGUCAAUGAUGGUCAGCACAACGACAAAGACUCUCAGCAUGCCCUCAUGCCACUGUACCAUUUCGUUGUUUCUGACCUUCCCUCCAACAGCAAGGCACCGGAACUGGAUAACGCAUUCGCAUCCGCCGCCUUGAGGGCCGAUGCUGCCUGGUCUGGCGUUGAUGCCUCCGCCGGUGCCGGGAUUACGGUUGAGUUGAUCGGGCUGUACGUGUCCUAUCUGGUGGCAAUUGGCUUCCUGCCCACGCCAUCUGUCGCAGGAUCCCGGCCUCUGCCGGCUGUGUCCAUUACUGAGGAGCAAAAGAAGAUGAUCCUGAACGUCGGUGGUCGUGGCGGUGCCUCUUAA